CGGAUUACAGCAGCCGCUCCGGCCAACAGCCACCUCCAGCUCGGCAGCCUCCGGGUUCAGGACCCUGAGACACCGCGGCUUGCUCCAGCCUCAGCCCAGGGCAGCUCGGUGCCUGCAAGCAGCUUCUGCCUUGGGGUCUGCAGCAGCAGCCGGACUGAGAGGCCAGCUGGGCUCAGAGCCCAGGAAGGUAAAAUGUGCGACUUCUUGGAGAACUAGCUUUAUCACCCAACCUGGCUUGCCCUAGCACUGGAAAAAGAAUGGGCAGAGGAUAGUCCCUCUUGCCUCUUUUUCUUCUGCCACUGAGGGCAUUUGCUUCUUUCUGGAAAAUACCACUUGAUAAGGGAGUGGGGGUUAUGUGGAUCUGUAGAGGGGGUAAUAAAGCCGCCAUUUCUGGGAUGGAUUAUUUUUCUUCUGUUCUUUUCUUUUUUGCUUAAGAAGACUGUCCUGACUCCUUGGCUGCUUGCUAACCCUGGUACAAAGAUGGGGAACUCGUUGCUGCAAAUUGCCACCAAGCGCUGCAGGCUACCUGAACCAUCUCUGAAAGUGAGGGUGGCUGCGUCGGGCCGGUGGCGGCUCCGAGGAAGAGGCUGGGGCUGGCAACGGUCUGGGUACUUGCUCUGGGUGGAACCUGGAGGUAGUAACGUUGUCUAUAUAUACCCUGUAGAACCGAAUUUGUGUGGUAUCCACAUAGUCACAGAUUCGAUUCUAGGGGAAUAUAUGGUCGAUGCAAAAACUUCACUUUUCUCCGAAAUAGCCAGAGUCAGAAGUGGUGGCCAGAGGCAGCAGUGGGUCAGUCGCCUCUUUCUGUUUUAUUACGUUGGACUCCAGGAGGAUCGACUGAGCCCAGUGAUAUAGAGCAGACUUUUACUGGAGAAGCCCCUCAUCUGUAAACAGAAGCCUCUGUGAAAACCCCUAAUUGGUUGCAUGAAUGAAGGGCCAAAGGGUUAGGUUUGGGGGGACUGGGGAGUGAGGUGGGAGUCCAGAUAGCCCCAGCCCCAGCUCUGCCUUCCAGGGACAUAGGGUUGGAGGGUGCCCAAUGGAGGGGGCUCACUGGUCUGUUCCUGCCAUGUGGGAAGAUGGGGGAGCUGGGAAGGAGGAAUGUUGGGUCCAUUUGGGUCAUGUGGGGGUGCCCCCGCCACCUUCCUAGCCCAUCCUUCAGCUGCCUGGCAGGAGCAUCACGGGCUUCUUGUCAUACCCGCAAGGCCCCGGCUUUGGCUAGAAACACCCCGGCCUGGGCACUUGCAGAAAGCUUGGUGGUUACUCAUUGCCUAAUUUGAUUCAGGCCAGCCAGAUUGUGGUAACUUUUGGGUGACCCUGAUGGAGACAAAGCCAGAAUUCGGCCUUUGUAUAGCAGAGUCCCCGUUCCCGCGGGCUGGGCGGGCUGGGCGGGCUGGGCGGGCUAGGCAGGCUAGGCAGGCGGGAGCCCUGCCUAGCCUGCUGUUCUCUACCCAACUCAGAAGCCACCUCACCCACCCACCUUUUGGUGCCACGCACCCUGACAGAUAUGGAGAUUCAUCCCCCCUUGAUCUGUACCAUACUAGGGGGAUGUUUUCAGGUGGGGUGAGUGGAGAGGGCACUGGGGGUUAGCAAAGUCAGUGGCAGACAAAAGCUGGGAUUGCCUGUGGGGAAUGAGGGUGCUGGGAUUAGAACCACAUUAACAUCUGGUGUGGGCCCUCAAAUGUGCCACGGAGAGUCACUUGAUUACACGUAUGUUAUUUAGUUAAAUUUGUGAAAAUUAUGAGAUGCUCACCAACCCGGUGAUAAACUCACUCCCUCGCUAUUGGCUGGCCUGGUCACAUGGCCGCCAACUUUAUUCAGUUGACAGCAAGUAGGAGGGCCCUAUGGAAGGAGAAAAAAGACAACACGAGAAAAAUUAGUAUUUUCUACCUUGUGAAAUUAAUGGCCAUGAGUUCGUAUAUGGUGAACUCCAAGUAUGUGGACCCCAAGUUCCCUCCGUGUGAGGAAUAUUUGCAGGGCGGCUACCUAGGGGAGCAGGGAGCCGACUACUACGGCGGCGGCGCUCAGGGGGCCGACUUCCAGCCCCCGGGGCUCUACCCACGGCCCGACUUCGGUGAACAGACCUUCGGAGGCGGCGGCCCCGGGCCUGGCUCGGCGCUGCCCACGCGGGGUCACGGGCAAGAACCCAGCGGCCCCGGCGGCCACUACGGUGCCCCGGGAGAGCCGUGCCCUGCGCCCCCGGCGCCCCCGCCCGCGCCCCUGCCCGGCUCCCGGGCCUGCAGUCAGCCAGGCGGCCCCAAGCAGCCGCCCCCCGGGACGGCCCUCAAGCAGCCGGCCGUGGUCUACCCGUGGAUGAAGAAGGUGCACGUGAAUUCGGUGAAUCCCAACUACACCGGCGGGGAGCCCAAGCGGUCCCGGACGGCCUACACCCGGCAGCAAGUCCUAGAACUGGAAAAGGAAUUUCAUUUUAACAGGUAUCUAACGCGGCGCCGUCGGAUUGAAAUUGCCCACACCCUGUGUCUGUCCGAGCGCCAGAUCAAGAUCUGGUUCCAGAACCGGAGGAUGAAGUGGAAAAAAGACCAUAAGCUGCCCAACACCAAAGGCAGGUCCUCGUCGUCGUCUUCCUCCUCCUGCUCCUCCUCAGCUGCCCCAGGCCAGCAUUUGCAGCCGCUGGCCAAGGACCACCACACGGACCUGACGACCUUAUAGAAGUGGGGACCCUGGGCCCAUUCCUCCCUGCGCUCCUGGCUGAGCCGAAGCUGCGGGGGCAGGCCGGGCCUGCUGUCACCUCCCUGGGCACUAAGGUACUGUGGGGUGGACCUGGGACCUGCAGGCCGCCCUCGGACUAGGUUAGCAUCCUGCCCGAGGGCAGCCCUCUCCCUGGAGCAGGGAUAGGGGUGGGAAGGGGGCAGGAUUCUAAGUAUAUUACUGAAUGGCAGGAACUACUGAGAACAGAAAACCUUGGCCAGUCAUUAAACUCACGAAAAUCUCCACUGUUGGAUUUUGAAUUUGCAAACAAAGGUUGAAUGCUUUAUCCCAGUGUGAAUUUGAACGUCCUCCCCCACCCCACCCCUCCAGGGAUCUUUGGGGUUUGAUAAUGUGGGGGAGUUGAGGCAGAAGUUUGGCCACCCCUGUGCUAGAUGCUUUCAGUGGAAGCAGGAGAGCUGGGCCAGGAUUUCUGAACUUUCUGGGUUGUCUGUAUAAUUUCUGUUGUGAAAAAAAUUUUUUUUUAGCUCCCAGUGGCCCCAUGCCCAAAGAAAUGAGUCUAAGAAGCAAGUGGAAACGGGUUAUUUUAUGUUUAGAUUAUAUCUGCUUAAAUAUUUAUUUGUUGGGGAAUGGGGUACAGAAAUAACUGACAUCUUAUUGCCAAAAAAGUAACAUGGUGAAGGGGGCUGAGUUUCAGGGAGCAGAAUGAGAUGUGUGGACUUACUUCUGACUGUAAAUGGCAUUUUGAACUCCACCCCCUCCCACUCCCCGGAAAUGUGUGUAGGGGGCCCUUAACCCUUCUAGAGGGAAGCAAAGGAUCCACUCAAAGUUGAGUUCCUGAAAAUAUUUCCACAUGUGCUUUUUUCAGUACUGUGCUUACAACCAGUUCUGGGUGAUUAAAGGAAAGGGAAAGAAAGAAAGAAACAAAUGGUCCAACAUUUUCCUUCUGGGGAAAGAAAACAAAACCUCUGUGUUCUGGGUCAUUAGAUAAUGACUGAAUUUUCUGUUCCAACUGGAUUCCAAAUGCCCCCAAAUCCCCCAUAUAACACUAUUUUGUAGGAAUUGGUGGAUGGCCUGUAUGGGAGAGGACAUGUACAGUGGGGAGCAAGUGGGAAGGUAAGGAUGUCUUGCUUUAAAAAAUGAGAGAAAAACUGAGUCUAGAAGUCCAGAAAAGUUGGUCUUAGGGUUUUCCCCCUAAGUUUUAAUUUUUUAAAUAAAUCUAAGGAAGUUUUUCUCAACACAGCAAUUAGAAAGAAAAUUUGUAAAAGGCCCUUUCUCUUGCCUUCAGAAUAGUAGUUUAAAACCAAUCUCUCUCAAACAACAGGAGAGAUUUCUUUAGUCAUUUUUCUAAUGACUUGCCUGGGAAGAGUUCAAAGUUCACUUUUCUAAAAUGUUGACCCUUAAGGAUAAGGGGAAAGAGUCAAAGGUAAUGGCCAGAGUUCAUAAACUCAAAUGAAGCAAGGCUUCAGAAGUUUAAACCCCAAAGCCUUGGGCUCCAAAAAGAAACCCCUGGUUGCAGCUACUGAAAAGUGACAAAAGCGGGGAGGGAGAAAGAGUGAGCUUGAAAGGGAGACUCAGAAUUGGGGCUAUUUUUCAGUGCCCCAGAACACUUUAGAAGGUUUCAGAGGUAAUUUUUAAAAUACAUUUUAAGUAUAGGAGGGAAAAAGACUUUCUUUGCAGGGGUGUUCUUUGGUUCGGUGUCUCCUGAGAGCUGAGAGCAGGUAUUCACUGGAGUCCCUAGGCUGAAAUUCCACUUCUCUAAAGUAUCUUCCAAGCCUUGGUCUUUUGUAUUAGACCCUGGGGACAGCUCUUUGUUCCUCCUUGGGGUGAGCCUGGCUCUCAGACUUGCACAUGGCAAUACUUGAAUAUCGCCACGUCGGGAUAUUAAAGAUGGAUAUUCUUGCAUUAUUCACAUCAUUGUUUCUAUUACAAAAAGCACAGAGUUCAUACAUAGUCAAGACGUCUUUUUUCUGACGCCCUCACGUUGAGAAGCUGAAAAGGUAUUUUACUGAAGUUCGGCUAAAUUACAGAAUCAGGUUCAUCCAGAGGACAAAUUUUCUAUUCGAUUAGCUGUAUUACAGCCGGGAGGACUGACCUCUAAACCCUUAACCUUUUGGACUCUAACUACCCUUCUCUUCUUUUUUUCCCCCCUCUAACAUGGAGAGCAGUCUUUGGAUGCAGCAUUUGAAAAGAGCCGAUAUCCUUAGGCAAGUUGGAAAGUUGCUCAGAUUUCCCCCUAAAACCCAAAGCUGUGAAUAUAUUGAACCUUCUGCUUGGGGUGGGGAGAGUAUAUAUUUUCACAUCAUCCAACUACGUAUAUAUUAUAAAGAUUAUUAUAUAGAUUUCCUCCCUUCCCAGAAGUUCAGGUUACUCACCCCAGCUUCAGACCAAAUGCCAAAAGUACUUAACUGCCUUCACCCCUGCCCCUGAGGAAAGCCAAGAGGCAUAUUUUGAUGAAGAAAACCCAAGCUCCUUGUCAAACAGAGCCCCACCACUUUGGAAAGUAACUUAAUCGGAGAAACAACUUCUUUGUUUAUAAGUCUCAGUUCUCCUUCUCAGCUUCCCGGGAUUGUCUUUUGAAAUGUUAAUGGAGCCUGGAUGGCCCAGAGGACAGCCCUCCACCCUGAGGUCCCAGUCAGACCCCAGCGUCCAUUUGGGCCCACAGGAAUUGGGCAGGGAAGAAGCACACCCACCCCCAACUACCUAGGGCAGGAAAGGAAGUGAGUUUCCAUCUGGGAACGUGCUCUGGAGAAAGCUAGAUGUAGAAAGGCUCAGUGCCCAUUUGCUUUUAUUUGUUUCCAGUUUGUUCCCCUAAAUAUGAGCCAGAAGUGUUUGUUUUGAGUUUUUUUAAAAUGCUGUGUUGGGGUCGUGACUGGGGGGAGAAAAGUGUUUGCUGAGGACAUUGCUCCUCAGAUUCCCAUCUCACUUUGUCCAUUGCAGCCUUUUGUUGGGAGAUGACUUUGUCAGUCAGCCCCAUGGUGUCUGUUCACACAGGAUGCUUUUUUUUAAAUAGAAUUGACCAAUGUUCUGCUGCCACUGAUUAAAGUAUUAUUUAUACUAAUUGUUGCCUGUAGUUUUGAUGUAAUUCAUUGAUCUAUAUUUGAAAUAAUAAAAGGUGUAGUGAAAUCUC